AUGGACUACCAAGAAGAGCAGUCGCAAGAGAUUGAAAUUCUACAAUCGAUAUACCCUGAUGAAAUAGAGUUUCUUAAUGACUUACAAACACAUUUUCAAAUACGAAUCAAUUUAGAUACAGAAAGUGAACGCAAACAUGCUUUAAAAUUAGUUGUAAAGUAUCCCAAAACGUAUCCGGAAGUAAUACCAGAACUACAUAUAGAAGUUGCUGAGUUAGAAGAUGACGAAGGCGAUGAUUUCCAAGACGAUGAUGAAGAUGAUGACGAAGACGAAGAAGCCAAGCAAACAAGACUCGCAUUGAAUAUGGCAGAGACAAUUGAGUAUGAACGAGAUGAUUUGUCCGAACUAUUAUCAAAGUUAAACGAAGAAGCUGAGAUUGGGAUCGGAAUGCCAUCUAUAUUUACACUAGUCACUGUUCUCAAAGAUGAAGCUGAAUCCUUAUUCAAUGAAAAAUUGGCUCUCAAGACUAAAGAGUUUGAACGUAAACGACAAGAAUUGGAAAAAAUUGAACAACAAAAGUUUCAAGGCACCAAGGUAACACCAGCAUCCUUUAAUGAAUGGAGACUUAAAUUUAGACAAGAGAUGAAGUUUGAAGAAAAAGAUGAAUUGAAAAGACAGCAAAUGCAUGGUGGAAGAUUAACUGGGAAACAAAUAUUUGAACGUGGAUUGGCUGGUACUGAGGAAGAAGAAGGUAAUGGUGGUGUGGAAGGUGAUGAUCUAGCUGAAGGGGUCAAAAAUAUCGCUGUAUAA